AUCAAAUACAUUAAUUAAUAAACUCUAGAUAAAAAGUUCUUCUAAAAACCAAUGAGAUUAGAUGAAACCCAACUUCAGUACAGAGGAAUCAAGUCAUGGUGGCAUAGGUAGAUUAUUGUAAAAUUGCCUCUGACCAAUCCUGAAAUUUAAAUAAAACUUAGACCCUUUUUGAUUUUGAUAUUGAAGAAAGAACCAUCCCUCUACAAAUCACAUUCGAAUUAUUUUGUAGAUGUUAGUUCCGGCCGAAAAAACAAAUGAAUAGGUGGGAGGUAGGUAUAGGGUUAAAGGACGUGGUAGAUGGUUAUUAGUUGAGAAAACGUGGUCCAAUCCAAGACGAAGUGAGAGACAUGAUCCGCUAACGUCUCUCCAUUUGCUUGCUUUAAGAGAACUUUUUCAGACUUCUCUCCUUUCCUCCCUCCCUCCCAUCAAAUAUCAAUAACAAAAACCAGUGAAAAAGAGAUGCAAACCAAUUGUGAGGUUGACUUCUUUUCAACCAAGGAAAAUGACCCAGAAAUGAUUCUCUUGGGAAAAGAAGACCAUCUUUCUUACUGGGAAUUCGUCAACUCCUCUGAUUAUGAUGAUGAUUCUGGUGAUGUUAUCUCUGUCUCUGAUGAUGCUUCCCUUUCUUCCUCUCCAAAGGACACCCUCACCCCUCACCUGAUUCAAGGCUAUGCCUGUGAUGGGGAUGGUGAGCAGGAUGUGGAUGAUGGUGAUGAUGGUUUGGAUGAUGAGUUGGUGCCACGAGCAUUCAGUGGGAAACUGGGAAGGCAAAGGAUGAGGAAAUGAGGGAAGAGGGUAUUUGCCAAGAUGCACACUUCCAAAAUGUCACCCUUUUUGUAUAUGAAACCCGGGUGUGUUUAUGGGAAGCAUGGCCUUGGAUUCAAGCAUAGUUUCUAGAGAACAAAAAACCAGCAUCUCUGGACUGGACUGGAGGUGAUUCAUGCCAUUGCCAUGGGCCAUCUUCAUUUGACUUUACUUGUAAUUGCUCUCUAGUUUGGACUGCUUAACCAUUAGGUUUACAUUAAUUUGAUGUUUGAUAUUUGUGAAGAAAGGGGUCUGAAAAUAUCUAACUGGUGGUUUGGAAUAUGUGUGUACGGUAUGGGCCUAAUGUAUUCUCCGUCAAUCCCAACCUUUGAAACGAUGCUUUAUCCCAAUUAUUAUA